AAUUUUAUUUGCCCUCUGUUAGCUGAAAAGUGUGUCUGCAACUUACAGCAUGCUUGUUGCCACGUAGAAAACUUUGUAAAUAUUUUUUUUGGUUAGAUCUGCACAGUGACCAUUGUGUUUGAAACUCUGUAGAGCAACAGAAGUAAACGCUGCCUGGAUGACCACUGCCCUGAUCAUGGAGACCAUUCCCAGUGGAGAUGGAGCCCAAGACGUGAUUGAGCUGGAGGCUGUGAGGAUACCGCACAGAGGAGUAAGAUUUGAUCUGACACAUGAGAAUCAAGAAGACCUGAUUGAGGAACAGAGUUACCAGGAGACCAAUCAAACAGAUGCACUGUUGAGGAAUCACUGGUCCACUUCAACCCAAAGGGUCCUUUCCUCCUUGCCUAGUCGCUCUAUUGGAUGGAGUCAGACAGCUGUGCUCUCCCAACACCGGCGCCGAUCCACCCAGAGACGCAGAAGAAGACCUUACAGCACUGUCUCCACCACACCCUGCACUACAGAGCAGGACACUUUUAUAGGGCUGGAAGUCUGCUCCAUUGAUGUGACUGGAAUUGAAGAGUUUCUAAAGAACCUGCAGGGUUUGUCUGCUGGUGAAUGUGUGCGUCUGUUGCGUGAAAUGCCUCUUACUGUUUCUGAGAAGCGUCAACUGAGAGCUCUGGCUUCUCAUGGGGAAUCUGGACAGUCUCUCUCUGCUAACAGAGCUCUGUGCUACCAUCAGUUUCAAGCUCGUGUCUUGAAGGGCCUGUGUGGUGGCUGGUUAGGUAGACUACAGCUGGGGCAGGGUGUGCUUAAAAGCAUCAGUGCCCGCUUUGGCACCGGGGUCCUGUCCUAUUUUAUCUUCCUCAGAACUCUGUUACACUACAACAUCCUCCUCUUCCUCAUCAACAGUCUCUUUUUGCUCCUGCCACAAAUUACAAAUCCUCCUCGUUCAGAAGCCAGAAACACAGCUGCCCACACAGACCUCUGGCUGCUUACUGGGAUGGGUGUUCUCACAGACUCUGGCAUGUUUUAUGGUUACUAUUCCAACUUCACAAGUGGAAACUGCAGAGCUGAAAAUAAAAUAUGUCCCGAAAAUUACAACAUUCCACUGGCGUAUAUAUUUACCAUUGGAAUAGGCCUGUUUGUCACCUGCGUAAUGCUAGUGCACAGCAUGUCUAAAUCAUUCGGAAAGAGUUUCCACAUAUUCAAGUCUAAUGGUUACCUUGCUUUGAAGGUGUUCUGCUCAUGGGACUUUAAAAUGAGCAGGACAAGAUCUGUUAAACUGCAGUCAGUGAACAUCUGCACUCAGCUGAAGGAGAUGCUUUCAGACCUUAGCUGCAGUAAGCAGAAGAGAAACGUGAGGUCAACAUUGGGCUGGUUAGCUAUACGUGCACUUGUAUGGUCCAUCUGCCUACUUAGCAUAGCUAUGUGCUUGCUGACUGUUAACCACAUCCAUCAAAACAUUGACCUGAAAGUUGAUUCUGUGAAUUUGCUGCUGAUGCCCCUGGUCGUGUCUUGCAUCAGCCAUCUACUGCCUGGUUUCUUCAACAUCUUAUCUAGGGCGGAGCAUUACGAGUCACCGAAUGUUCACAUUUAUGUCUCCAUCAUAAGGAACUUGUUGUUGAAGGGUUGCAUUUUAAUUCUGUUGUGUUCCCACUGGCUGAGGAUGAUUGCUGCCCAGCAGGAAGCACAAAAUAAACAGUGCUGGGAGACAUUUGUUGGUCAAGAGCUUUAUAGGCUGGUUUUGAUGGAUCUCAUAUUUGCGAUGCUUUACAUUGUCUUUGGAGAGUUUCUGUGGGGGCUGUGUACACAAAAUAUGUCAUUGAGAAGAAGGAAACUAGUGUUUGACAUUUCACGAAAUGUUCUGGAGCUCAUCUAUGGUCAAAUGCUUGUGUGGCUCGGUGUUCUGUUUGCUCCGAUGCUGCCUGCAGUACAAACUGGGAAACUGUUUCUCCUGUUCUACAUGAAAAAGACAAGUUUGGUGACGAACUUCCAAGCACCCAGGAAGCACUGGAGAGCGACACAGAUGAGCACCCUCUUCAUCACCCUCCUGUUCUUCCCCUCAUUCAUUGGGCCCCUGGCAUGUGUCAUAUAUACAGUGUGGAGGAUCGAGCCGUCGCCAGAGUGCGGGCCAUUGAGGAACCUCUACAACAUACUCCUCUCAGGCGAACAGUGGAUCAGGGUCCUGGAAAAUUCGAACUCCAGUAUGGCCUGGCUGAGCUGGGCAUACACAAACCUGGUGGACAACCCUUUAUUCCUUUUCAUUAUCACAGGCCUGUUACUAAUCUUUAUAUACAUACACACACAUGUUUUGGAUGGCCAAAAAAAAGUUAUUUCAAAGUUGCAGGAACAAAUAAACAAUGAGGGUGAAGAUAAGAAGUUCCUUAUAGCUAAGCUGCAGGCACUCAAUGAGCAGGGUGGUCAUGUGUUAUAACUCAAAGCAUUCAGAGAUAUAAGGAAGGCUGGAUUCUACAGAACAUUUGCAACAAAACCUAAUCCAGGAAACAUGAGACCUGCAAAACCAGUGCAUGGCAAAUAAACUAGGAUUAGAGCUGCUUGUUGGACUCAAAUUACACUUGACCUUUGUUGUGUCCUUGUUGUGUAAUCAUGUAAAAAAUAUUUUUAAAUAUGUUUUUUUUUUAUGCCUCAGUUACUUUCUGGUUAUACUGUAUGUUUUUAUUUUUUUUGUUGUUGUCUUGUAUCAGUUCUUUUAUGUUGCAUCUCAACUGCAACAUUUUGGUAUCUUUGAGGAAAUGAUGGUCAUUUUAAAUACAGUUUUAAAUGUAAUUUAAAGUAAUUUAGCAUUUCCCAUGACAUGUUAAAGCGAUUCAAUUAAGUUUAUCGCUUUGCUGUUAUUUGGAGGUUUAAGAUGUACAAAUAAAUGCACAUUUUAAAACA